CUUCACCCCUGGACGAAGGAUCCCCCCAUCUCCUUUCCAGGCGCAGUGCCCCUUCCUGCUGCGGGCACAGGGUCUGCCCCCCAACCUGCCCCCCACUUCUCCAAAGUGCCCAUGCCCAUUCCAGGACGCGGAGCCUGAGCCACGCACCUACGCGGGGAGGGCAGCCUCCGGGAGUGGUCGAGACCAAGCGCCAGGCGGGGACAGUGACCCGCAGGGCGCGGACACAGUACCCGUGGUAACGCACGUGGGCUAGUCCUGAUUGCAGUCCGUCCGGGAAACACUUGACACUUAACCAGUUUAGAGCGCUUCACGCUCCGAAUCUCAUCGGACCCUUUGCCACAGCCCUGCCCAGGGCCACAGAUGCCCCCGUUUCACACAUGAAGAAGAAGCCCAGGCUCAGACGGGCGUCAAGCCCGGGAGAAGGUUGCCGGGGGAACGAGUGACAGUGUCUGGACUAAAACCCGACCCUCUGCGGCGGGCGGCUCCAGAGCUCCUCCCCUGACCCUCCCUCCUCCACGCCGCCCCCGGCGUUGCCUGCAGCCACGCGCCUCGCCGCCACUGCAGAGACGCGGCUCCGGUCCCGUUCGCCUCCGCUUUGGGCCUCGAGGACGCGGGGUCCCGGCCCCCCGCUGGCCGCGCCGCUGCUGGGUCGUUGGGAUGAUCAAACGAAUCCAUCCACAUAGAGAACUCAGAACAGCGCCUGGCACAUAGUAAAUGCUCUGUAAAUGUCAUCUACCCGUUCUCAGACCGGUUUUCCCAUCCUGUCAGGCGGGCACGGCCCACAGCGCCCCCACCAGGCACCAUGGACUGGAAGACGCUCCAGGCCCUACUGAGCGGGGUGAACAAGUACUCCACUGCCUUCGGACGCAUCUGGCUGUCGGUGGUGUUCGUCUUCCGCGUGCUGGUGUACGUGGUGGCAGCGGAGCGCGUGUGGGGGGACGAGCAGAAGGACUUUGACUGCAACACUAAGCAGCCAGGCUGCACCAACGUCUGCUACGACGAGUUCUUCCCCAUCUCCAACAUCCGCCUCUGGGCCCUGCAGCUCAUCUUCGUCACGUGCCCGUCGCUGCUGGUCAUCCUGCACGUGGCCUACCGCGAGGAGCGGGAGCGGCGGCACCGCGAGAAACACGGCGACCAGUGCGCCAAGCUGUACGACAACGCGGGCAAGAAGCACGGUGGCCUCUGGUGGACCUACCUGUUCAGCCUCAUCUUCAAGCUCCUCAUCGAAUUCCUCUUCCUCUACUUGCUGCACACUCUCUGGUACGGCUUCAGCAUGCCCCGCCUGGUCCAGUGCGCCAACGUGGCCCCCUGCCCCAACAUCGUGGACUGCUACAUCGCCCGGCCCACCGAGAAGAAGCUCUUCACCUACUUCAUGGUGGGCGCCUCCGCCGUCUGCAUCGUGCUCACCUUCUGCGAGAUCUGCUACCUCAUCUCCCACAGGGUCGUGCGAAGCCUUCCCAGAAAGAGCGGCCUCCGGGGCCGCGGCCCCCCGUCCUCCGCCAGCCAGGCCUCCACCUGCCGCUGCCACCACAAGCUGGUGGAGGCCGGGGAGUUGGGCCCGGAUUCCAGCGACGACAAGCUACGUGCUUCGGCACCCAACAUGACCCCCAUCUGACCACGGGCUGGGGAGCGAUCCUGGGCUGCCCGUGGGGACAGGCAGGGAGGUAUUGUGCCGGUGGAGGGGUCCUCCCGGGGCUGGGGGGCCCCACUCUGAAUUCACUACACUAUUCAAUUUCACCUUUAGUAGAUUGUUUUGAGCGCUGGGCACUAUGCUGUCUGUCUGGUAUAGGUCACACCACAGGCCCACUGGCAGCCCUCCUGGGAGAAAGACAAGCAAGUUAACUACUGCCUGCAAGGGGACACUUAGAGGACUCUGCUGGGCUUCACCUAAGCCAGGAGGGGAUGAUGGGGAGAGGCUUCCCUGAGGGAGGAAUGUCUAAGAGAGGUGAGAAGUGCUUCCUAGCACACAAAAGCAGGUGCAGAGGCCUGGAGGCCACAAAGGGAAAGAUGCUUGCCCUGGGUCUGGUGAGAUGUACCAGACCGAAGGGAAUCUUCAUUCCUUCGGGAGAAGCACCCAGAUUCCUGGGAUGGAAAGGAAGUAUCCUCCCAGCAGUGGAGGUCUGGAGGCUGCGAGUGAGCCUAGGAAGAGGAGGGGUAAGCUCUGGUGACACCAACCCCGGCUUGAGACACCCAGAGAUCCUCUGGCUCACCACUGCCCUUUGGGAACCCGCCCCCCAUCUUAUUCCUCCACCCUCAGGCAGCUUUGCUCCCAUCUUCCUCCCACAAGUGUACUCAGUCUGUUGCCAGCCUUUCAGACCCUACUCUCAGGGACUUGAGGUGGAUGUGCUGAUAGGAACAUCCCCGAGGCAAUUUCUUUGAAAUCAAUAAAGGCUGUCUUUUAUACAG